AUGAAAAAAGAACCGCACCUGGCGAAACGGAAUCGAGGCAUCCGUAAUGAGGACAACAAACUCCCACUGCAAGAGGCUGUAGAGCACGUCGUGGACCGACGUGAUACCAGGGUCUAUGACCCGGACCCAUAUAAGGGGGCCCAGCGAGGGGCUGAAAAGUCGGAGGGGAAGGACAAGGGGAAGAAAAGAACAGCGCAGGGGCCGGAAGAAGGGGCUAAAACGGAGAAGCUACCUGAGAACCGCAAAGAGACGAAAGCGAAGCAGGGGCCUGGCGUAGGGGCUAAACCGUCCGGAGAGCGUGCCGAGGUGGAUGCCGGAGCGUUGGAGGAGUCCCAGGGAGGCGCAGAGAAGUCGAAGCGGGGGACAAAGAGGGGGAAGGAAGCAGAGGAGCCGGGAGGAGAGAGCGGCGAAGCCUCUAGAACGGUGAAGUGGAGGGGGAGAAAGCAGAGAAGGAGGCGCAGACGGGGGCGGAGUUGUCCCAGGGGGAUACGGAAGCCGGAAAGAAGCGCCGGGGAGGGACAUAAUCGUGCAGAAGGAGAGAAGACAGUGGCUUGA